AUGAGCCACAUCAGCCCAACCAAGAGACACCAUAGUCUAACUAGUCGUGCAGCAUUCAGUUACGAAGCGUACACUAUCGGAAUCGUGUGCGCUCUAGAAUUUGAGAUGAGCGCUGUCCGCUACAUGCUGGACAAAGAGCAUACCCGUUUGCCCAGAAAGCUUGGCGACUCGACUGUGUAUAUCCUCGGGGAGCUCAGCGGCCAUAAUGUGAUCCUUGCUAGCCUUCCGGGCAGUCAGGGGAAGGGCGCGGGAGCUGCGAUCGCGAAGGACAUGGCGCGUACAUUCCCGUUUAUCGAGCUACGACUUAUGAUCGGUAUCGGGGGAGGCCUGCCGAGUGGGAAGGAUGAUAUCCGCUUGGGCGACGUUGUCGUGAGUAUGCCCGACGGUCAGCAUAGCGGUGUAGUCCAGUACGACUUGGGUAAGAACACGGACGAUGGUAUAAUCCUGAAAGGAUUCCUUUGGCCACCACCCGAGGUUUUGAGAAGCGCUGUGUGUAUCAUGCGGUCCGAUCAUAGAGUUUCGCAAAGCAAGAUCCCUGAGUUCAUGUCGGCCAUGUUUCAGAAAAGCGACAACCUUCGAGUCUCGUAUCAGCGCCCUGUAGAGGCAGAUGAGCUCUUCCAGUCGGAAUAUCCUCAUGUUCCUGACGAAGCAACCUGUCAGCAAUGCGACAAGGCAAAACUGGUCCAUCGUCAACCUCGUCAACCUCGGGAACCGAUCCCCAAAAUUCAUUAUGGGCUCAUUGCCUCUGGAGAUCAAGUCAUGAAAAGCGCCUCAAAUGCAGCGGAAGUGGAUAGGAGGGUGAGUGGCGAUAUUUUGUGCUUCGAGAUGGAAGCGGCGGGCAUCGCAACGGAGUACUCGUGCAUCGCCAUUCGGGGCGUCUCUGACUAUGCAGACUCCCACAAGAAUGACACCUGGCAGCAUUAUGCUGCGGCCGCAGCUGCUGGGUGUGCCAAGGAGCUUCUUUCAUACGUGGACGUGCCGCAGUCUUCCACCACGACUGAAACCCUCGGUCGGCAUGGGUCUGAGCUGUCCACUGGCAGCCUUCUAGCUGCGCAAUCCAUCUUCCGCGGUCAAGGAGUCCAAAACUCCGGGUCUGGUAACAUCUCUGUAGGAAAGGACUUGAACAUCGGCAGCAAAUAA